AUGCCUGCCAAGUUGAGCAUUAACGAUGUGGAUGUGGCUGGCAAACGUGUUUUCAUGAGGGUUGACUUCAAUGUGCCACAGGACAAGGCGGAUCCCACGAAGAUCACUAACACUCAGCGCAUUGACGGUGCCCUGCCCACCAUCAAGAAGGUGUUGGAGAAAGGUGCCAAGUCUGUAGUGUUGGCAUCUCAUCUCGGCCGACCUGAUGGUUCCGUUGUGGAAAAGUACUCCUUGGCGCCAGUUGCCAAGAUCUUGGAAGAAAAACUCGGCAAACCAGCCACUUGCCUCACAAUGGACUAUUGGACAUGA